GGCUUAAAGCCUUAAAUUGACGAGAUUUCCUGCUUCUAAACACCACCGCUCAAUAAAAAAAGCAAAAGAAAAAAAACAGAAAAAAAAGGUGAGGAGAGAGAGAGAGAGAGAGAGAAGGCAAGAAACGCAAGGGGAUCCAAGAAGAUCCGGCCAUGGCGACGCGCGCGCCGGCGACCGGAUCCGUGACCGUGACGGUGGACGCGUCCGUGCCGUCGUCGUCGUCGUCCUCCGCCCCGGCGGCCUCUUCGGCGGCGCCCCCGGCCGCGGAGUCGGUGGUGCUGCGGCUGAAGCGGCGGGCGAAGAAGAAGGUGACCUGGAAGGAGGGGACGGUGGACAACGAGUCCCUCGGCCGCAAGAGCUCCAAGAAGUGCUGCAUCUUCCACAAGGAGAUCCCCUUCGACGAGGACUGCAGCGACGACGAGCCCGACGCCGGCCGCCGGAGCCCCCCCGCGGACGCCGGCGAGGGGACGAGCGGUGGCGGCGCGUGCUGCUCGUCGUCCUCCCAUGGCCACGCCCAUUGAUCUCUUCGAUUGAAUUGGCACGAGCUGUUAUCUUCUCAUGGAACUCCGCAUCAAUGCGUGAAGUUAUGAUUUUAAGGGAACGAAUUGCUUGUCCGUGCGAAAACCGUUAGGUGAAAUUAUACUGCUUUGUUUUGUGUUGCGAUUCUGGGUGCUGUGCUAGCUUUACCUUGUGUGGCAUUUGCAAGAGAUGAACGUUGUACGGUAUAGCUGAAUUUAUUGUUGCUCCUGUGCAAUUCUCUUGAGAUGUAUCAAGUACUGCCGCUGUUGUUGUUGUCACCACUUAGUCGCAUCAAAAAUACUCUUGUUCUUUCUUUUUUAUAUGGUAGGUUGGUAGUUGUAUAAUAUUCACAUUAAUAGCAGUGUAUUAUGUGGUGAUGAUGAAAUAUUUUGCCCCAAAGUAUCAUACCUUUAUUCCAGAGGAUGAUGCUCAUUAGUAUGCAAAACACGAUUUACUUCUGGCCAUUGGUCACUAUGUCAGAAAUCAAAAUUCAGACACUUGUGUUAUUCAAU